AUCGAAAGUGUAUCUACGCGAUGUAGUGAAAAUGAAAUUAUUUAACUUCUGGUUUAUAUUUUUCGGCCUUUUUCAUUACGUCUUAGGCGUUGAAAAUGAAGAUAAAAAUCUCACAGCUCGUUGUUUCAAAUUCACAUGGCUGGGCCCAAUGCAAGAUGAUGCCGACGAAAUCAAAACCGACUGUUCAAAACUCAUCUAUAAUCCAUGUUUCAGUCCCUUUAUAGUUACAAACGAUUCAACUCCUCCAGAUUUCGCUUUACUGUGGAAAGAAAAGCGUUUGGAAGCUUCUUGUCCUCUAAGACCUGGUUAUGUGUGUAUAAAGCACACUUAUACGUAUAAUAACGCUGUUAUCAACAUGACACACUUUUGUGGAAAAAUUAUAGAAGACAAAACAAGCGCGAUUUCAUCAGGUUGUUAUACGCAGGAGAUAGACGGGCAUACAAUUGAAUCCUGCGCUUGUAAAUCUGAUGGUGGAAGACGGCCUUGUAAUUCUGCAAAAAUGAAUAGAUAUCCUCAUAAUUUUUUUUUACUUGUAUUUCUUAUGCAAAUUAUAAAGCGGGCAUCUUAAUUUACAUAGCUAUGAAAUUUAUUUAAAUGCAUAAAACUUUGUUAAUACCUAACAUUAUACUUCCAAAAAAUGAGAUAGAAAAUAGAUAUUUUUAUGUUGGUUCUAAAACAGUAAUUAAUUUUAUAUUGAUAACAGUAAUUAAAUGUAUAUAAUAAGAAAUGUCAAACCCGCCACCAAUUUUUGACGCCACAGAAAGAACAUUCUUACAAUAUAUAUUAUUUAUUUAAGGCAAAGUCAAAAAGUCCAUACAGUCCGUGCAUUUAUGUACGUUUAUAACACUGUAUAGAAUGUAAUAAUGAGUUAAUAGUCUCUUUAUUACAAUUAUGAGAACGUAUUUUUAAAUUUCACGCCCUUUUAAAAGUCGCGUUUAAGGACAAAGUAUAAUAUCUUUGUAAAGGUCCAAGUGUCGCAGAGCAUGAUCCAACAAAGAAUAUCUUUGAACAAAGCAUGGUCCUGCAAGGCGCAAGUAAAAAAAAGUCAACCAAUCAGAUUCGGCACCCUAGGGCACCUGACCCUUCUGA